AUGCAGUUUUGGAGGCUGCUGUGGCUUUGGCGAGACGAAGAUGAAAUUAUGUCAGUUGACAAAAAUGAGUCGCAAGAAGCACAGAUUAUUUCAGUUUUACGUUUUACUUCACUUUUGUUUGAAAACACUUUUGGACGUUCCAUUUAUUGUUCAAUGGAUCGAUUAAUUAAACUCCUUGAUUCGCGCAAAAUUUGGAUUGUUGUGGCAACUUUGCGCCUUUUAAUGGUUGUUAGCAAGUGUUCUCGUUUUAUUACUCAACAUUUGAAUAGUGAUGUGCGACUUGAGCUUUACAGUAAACUUAUGGCUAUUUUAGAGAUUUGGGCAGGCAAAUUGCGACUUACACCUUUUGCCGAAUUUUGUUCUGCUGACUUUUCUUACUCUCAUGGCUUCAGUAUUCAACCAAUUCCUGAGAUGGAUGAAUUUGUUUCUUUUAAUGUUUCUUUAAAUGAAUUGAAAAAAUAUAUUUCUGAAUCAACGGCAGAACUCAAAGAUUCUGAAAAACAAUUUGCGUUUACAAAGCUGCGUUUUCUUUAUAGCAUCAAAAAUCAAAAUGAGCGUUUUUAUCAAAUAAUUGCUCGUCUUAUUUCUUCUUCCAUAAUAUGUAAAGUUUAA